AUGCAUCGCUUAUUCAUAGGCUAUAACAUCAUUCUUUCUCUCAUUCUCGCAGCCACAGCACUCUAUCAAGAGCCAGUCAAUCACGGUCACUGGAAUGAACUCCGAGACACACUCAAUUCAUCAUACAAGCAGAAGACAGGACCCCCUCUUGUCAUCGACACCUUCCAAAACCCAACUCACAACGACCUGGGAUUUUGGCAUGGCUCUGGUGAGAAUCUCUCAGUGCAACAUGGACCAGGCUUCAUCCGUCUGCUCCCAAGAGACCCAGAUCAGAACUUCCACACGCAGUUCGAUUGCAACACCUGCUACAGCUUGAUGCCAUGGUACAAUGAUUUCCUGCAUGUCGUCUUCGAAGGUACAGAUCAAUUCAGCGUCUCGUUGAACCAACACAAUGACGAAUGUAACCCCCAACGCAGUCCCUUCCCCAGCGUCGCAGAUACAAUCCAAGCAGAGCGAUACGUGGUACACCCAGCCUCUGAGAGAUCUCGCGAUGGCGAUUGGGACGAAAAGGAUGACGAUGACUACGAUGACAACGAUGACAUGGACUUGGACACACCAGGAAACCAAAAUGACAAGCAUGGGAGACAUCACCAGAACGGACGCCGACGCAAGCAUGCCAAACCCAGUGCCAGAAUACCGUUAGGCCGUCGAGACCUCUACGUCCCCCUCAAUCACUUCGAGAUCGAUUUUGAUCGUGUUGUCUCUGUUUCCUUCCAUGGCUUCUUUACUGAAGAACCCAUGAGCCUGCAUCGGGUUGAGAUCGUGUCGGAUGUUCCUCAGCCAUCACAGGAGAAUGGCCAUUUUCGUUUGCCGGGCAAGCUGCCAAGUGGGAGGUUGGUACUUCGUUGUUCGCGUCCGAACUCGUUUGCUUUUGGCAUCGAUGAUGGGCAGCCCCGGUUUUCUCAGAGGGUCAUGCGUAUUCUUGAUGAGGAGGGCGUGCGAGUGACUUUCUUUGUUGUUGGGGCUGGACUUCGGGAUCGGUCAACGAACUUCACUGCGUUUUAUAAAGAGAUGUUGAAGAAGGGUCAUCAGAUUGCGUUGCAUUCGAAUACUCAUCCGAAGAUGGAAUCACUUCCCACCGUUGGUCAAAUUGAUGAUGAGAUUAUCCAAACGAUACAGGUAUUCGAGGACCAAUUGGGUAUCGAGUCAUCAUACUUCCGACCUCCGUUCGGAACAGUAGCAGCACGCCUCCGUCAACAACUCGCGCGACACAUCGCAAAUCCCUAUAUCGUGAAUUGGAGCGUGGACGUCGAGGACUGGCUUUGGGCCAAUUCAUCUGCACCAGAGAAACAACUGGAGGCAUUCUACCGCGGCGUGGCCAAAGGUGGAAACCUCGCAGUGAUGCAUUACCUCAACCCGACUACAAUUGGGUAUCUCCCUCAGUUCAUUCAGCACGUCAAGAGUGCCGGCUAUCAAAUUAUGCGCAUUGAUCAGUGUUUGGAGGAUGUGUCUGCUCCGCCACUGUGA